GCGGACAGCUUGCAGCCCUGCCCCGCCUCCCUUUCCUUCCCCUCCCCUGGAGUGAUUCAAAACCAGCGCUACCCACUUCCGCCCCCUCCGCCUGCCAUUGGAACUAGCUGAGCCGAACUAGUUGCGGCCACCGAGCAACCAGGUCUCCGCACCUCCUCCACCGCCUCCUUGUCUCCUGUUCCAUUUGCCUUUUCUCUUCUUUCCUAGCCGACGCCGCUCCGAGGCCUCGCAACCGCCGAGCCUGCAGCCUGCACCGCGGCCAACAUGAGCUUCUUGUUGAGUUCUCAGCCUGAAGUUGACUGGAACUAUCAAUUAACAAGUAUUUAUCGAAUACCUGAUCUGUAGUGUUGGACUUAGACCUAUGGAAGGAGCUACUGAUGUGAAUGACAGUGGUAGUCGCUCUUCUAAAACUUUUAAACCAAAGAAGAACAUUCCAGAGGGUUCUCACCAGUAUGAGCUCUUAAAACAUGCAGAAGCCACACUUGGCAGUGGCAACCUUCGGAUGGCUGUCAUGCUUCCUGAGGGGGAAGAUCUAAAUGAAUGGGUUGCAGUUAACACUGUGGAUUUCUUCAAUCAGAUCAACAUGCUUUAUGGAACCAUCACAGACUUCUGUACAGAAGAGAGUUGUCCAGUGAUGUCAGCUGGCCCAAAGUAUGAGUAUCAUUGGGCAGAUGGAACGAACAUAAAGAAACCUAUAAAGUGCUCUGCACCAAAGUAUAUUGAUUACUUGAUGACUUGGGUUCAGGACCAGUUGGAUGAUGAGACGUUAUUUCCAUCAAAAAUUGGUGUCCCAUUCCCAAAGAAUUUCAUGUCUGUGGCAAAAACUAUACUCAAACGCCUCUUUAGGGUUUAUGCUCACAUUUAUCAUCAGCAUUUUGACCCUGUGAUCCAACUUCAGGAGGAAGCACAUCUAAAUACAUCUUUCAAGCACUUUAUUUUUUUUGUCCAGGAAUUCAACCUUAUUGAUAGAAGAGAACUUGCACCACUCCAAGAACUGAUUGAAAAACUCACCUCAAAGGACAGAUAAAAGGAUGCAGAACUGUGCACAUUGUUCCUCAAAUGAAGCAGUGUGGAGUGUAUUGGGGUUUUUGUUAUAUUUUGUUUUUAUCUGGAUUGUUUUUGUCCUAGGUUUGGGGGCGGGGGCUUGUUUGGGUUCCUUUUUCUUUAUUCUGAUUAUAUGAAACCAUAUUCAAUUGCUAGGGGAAGCCAAGAACCAUUCUCUAUACAUUUGAUAAGGGUAAAUUUAUCUUAGUGUUUUUAAACUUGGUUUUGGUUGCUUGAGGAGUUUUUUAAUAAUAUUGUGUGCUGCAAGAAAGUGCUUAUUGAUUGAACUGCCGAUGGAUUGGUUUCUGUGUGGUGUAAAUUGCCCAUUUUUGAAGUCCCCAAACGACUUAUGUUUUUAAGUGCCUUGGCAGGCUCACUUCUGAGGUGCAAAGCAUAGAUAUAGAACUGAACAGGGCUUAAAACAAUAUUAGGAUUACUACCCAGGGCACUUACUGGUGCAUGUUGUAAAAUAUCUAUGAUAAAAGCCAUAGUUUACCUAAGAUGGUGAUCUCCAGCCUUUACUGCUUUGAAGAAACAGAAUUUGUAAAGGUAUGCGUGUAGAACAUAAAAAAUAUUUCUUAAUUAUUUUUUAUAUUGAUGGUAAUAUAUUAUGUUCAACAAUGCUUAAAGCUCUACAAGCAGGUCUUUUCCCACCUCUUGAUAUCUGUGAUAUUGAAACUUGAGGAUGUUGAAAUGUAUUACAUUUUGGCUUCUUUCUACAUGUUAACUGCACUGUAGAUGUAAAAAUUCAGGUUAUCUAUAGGAUUGCCAUCUUCAGAGGUGAUGCUGAACUGUGAGGUUUCCUAGCAAUUGCCAAAUGAGCCAUAAGUCUGCAGAAUUCCCUUCUACUUUGAAGAGGAGGGGAUAGGAAUGUGUAUUUGGCUGGGGGCAUGGAGAUGUUUGUAUGGGGAGUUAGGGAUGGGGAGUCAAGUUCUAGAAAGUUUUGUCUGAAAACCUUUGAAUAGAAUGGCGUGAAAUUUUUAAUCAAUUACUUAUAAACAAAGUCUUAGAGACUUCCAUUUAGGAACCAGCUUCCAUGAGAAGUUAAAAAUAAAUUAUUAAUUUUAGGUACAGACAUUAUUAAACGUGGAAUUUAAGGACUGUUGGGGGAAAUUGAUCACUUCUUAGCAUUUCCAUUCAGUGAAUGGAGCUGAUGUUUGCCUGUCAUUUUAAGAUGAUACCAUACCUUCUUUAGUUAUUAUAGGCCCCGUUUGAAGCAUUCUGACUUCUGGUUUUUCCACUGUGAAAGGAAAUGUUUUUCUUUGCAGUGAUAUCAGAUAAUGAAAAAUGCUAAUUCAGUAGUUAUUAACUUUUAAAUUUUAUUCGCCAUGACUUUCUAGUGAAUUAUUACCAUAAAUAACAAGUUCAGAAACUUAGUUUUUAAUUUUUUAAUUAAUAUUAAUAUUAUUAUAUUAAUUUUUUCUUUCAGUUUUAUUCUAGAGAAAUACCCAUUUUAGAAAUCCAGUUUUAAUUUUGUCAUUUCCGAUAGCUCUUCUUUCUUCAGUUAGAAAUAUAUACCCUUCCUUCAGUUGAAAUAACACCUUUUUCACAUCUAGGAAGAAAUGCUUGCCCUUAAAUAGUAUAGAUUAAAAACACUCAGUAGAAAAGAAACUAAAAUUAAAUCAAUUUGUUUUGCCAUUAACAAGUAGAGCAGUGAUACAAUUUAAUGCCAUUACAAUUAUGUUGACUAGAAACUGCCUUUUUCUCCACUUCAUUUCUAGGAAUUAUUCACUGAGUACCAACAGUAGAAGUAACAGGAAAGCCUGGCAGAGUUAAAUAUAUUGGACAUUUAUUGGUAAAGCUUAUUUAUAAACUGCAGUCAGAGCUAGUUAAUUUCCUUAAAUCUUUUUGUUUUCAGAUAGAUAAUAUGAAUCAUUAUGGGUUGAUUCAGAAAUAAAAUUUGUGAGGUGAUUUUGAGUCUUGUCUAUAUAGGAAAAUGAAGCACAGAAUUACUCAGUCUUCCAUAUUGUAUUUGACUUCAUAUCCAUCUAGUGACAAAGGAGUUGCAGUAGCCAAGUGUAGAGAGAAUAGUGAAAAAUUAAUCUUGCCCUUUCAAGCCUUAUACAGUAGUACACUGUACUUAUUUUUAGUAGUAAGACCUACUUUCCCACUAUAUGUACAUAGUUUGUUUUCACUGUGCCAGAAUCUCAGGGGCCUGCUUAGAGUAUUUCUUUAAUCACAGUCACUGGGAAGUAAGGAUAUGUGUAUAUGUGUAUAUAUGUUAACAAAGCAUAGCAGUUCUCUAGGGGAGAGGCCUGGCAUUGCACAUGGUGUUACAUGGCUACAAGUAAGGAAAAAAUCAGAAAGUGAAAGAACUGAUGUAAUAAAAGGUUGAUUGGUUGGUUCCCAUGAAAGUUAAUAAGAUGCCCUUUUAAAUAUAAGGAUCAAUACUUUGUUCUGCAGCAGAGUUUGCUGAUAAAUGUCUAUUGGAUUCAUUUUGGAUUUCUUCAAUUAAUUUGUAAGUAACCAAGAUAAUUAUUUUCCCCCUUGCUCUCUAUACAUAGCUAUGUAUACAUAGCUCUAUACAUAGCUAUAAAGCAACAGUUGGUUUUCUUAUCCUUUGAUAAAAGCAUCCCAUAAAAUAUAAAGUAGUAAGUUAACAUAGUAUUAUUGUCACACACAAUGCUUUUUUUGGUUAAAUGAUACGAAGCAAUGUUUUAGAAUUACUUCAAUUGAUGGAGUAGUGGUGCUAGAGAGAAAUUUAAUAACAAAAAGAGUGAAAAUAUUUUAAUUAGCAGUAGAUGGUGCUACUGGCUUUCAUUUGCUGACUUGAUUAUUCCCUUUCCCUUAAAAACCAUGGCAUUAGACUGCACUAAAAUAACAAGCACGUUAGUUGCUGGUAGAGGUUUUGGAGGUUAAUUUAGAUUAAAUUGGAAGAUUUUAAUUGCAGUCUCUUUCUACCUUUCCUCUGUUAGUCAUUUGUAAAUUCUAAAUGGUCACCAUAAAAUGUAUUAGGUAGGAGAUGGUAUGUUUUGUGUAUAAUAUAUCUCAGACUGAGUUACUGCCUGGCUUAUCAGUAUGGAUAAAACACUACAAUCUCUUAUCAGGAAAUAGAGAUGAUGUGGAUAUUUAUAUAUUACAUAUAUAACCACCAGACUCCAUUUUAUGUAUUAGCAUUUUUCCUUGCUUAAGGAAAAAUAGCAAAACAACAUUUCAUUUAUACUUUUGUUUACCCCUCUCUGAGAGAGGUUUUGAUAACCACUGAAAUGGUAGAAUAUGUGAGAUACAAAUAUUGAGUUGUAGAACUUUCUUUCUAAGGUGAGUAAGUCAUGCCUUAACAUCCAAAUGAGAGUUGAUCUUCAGAGUGGUUCUUUUGGGAACACUAUUUAUUCCAGCUAUACUGCAAAAGUGUAAUGUUUUUGGAACUCUUCUAGAGCAUGACGUGAAAAAGCAGUUUGUUAUUAUGCAGGAAAAUCAAUUUCAUCAUUUUAGUUGCACCAAACACUUUUGGCAGCUUAUAUGACCUAUUAUUUUUUUUGACAUGGAGUCUUGCUCUGUUGCCCAGGCUGGAGUACAAUGGCAUGAUCUCAGCUCACUGCAACCUCCACCUCCUGGGUUCAAGCAAUUUUCCUGCCUCAGCCUCCCAGGUAGCUGGGAUUACAGGCAGCACCACACCUGGCUAAUUUUUGUAUUUUUAGUAGAGAUGGGGUUUCAACAUAUUGGCCAGGCUGGUCUCAAACUCCUGACCUCAAGUGAUCCGCCCUUCCCAGCCUCCCAAAGUGCUGGGAUUACAGGUGUGAGCCACUACAGCCAGCCAGUAUGACCUAUCUUAAUCAUCAGUCAACUGUAAUUUAAACUUGGCUCUUCUCUGAGAGCAAAACCAUUAGGGAAGUUCAAAGGAAAGUGCCAUAUUUUCCGAAUUUGCACAAGAGAAUGUUUUAAGCAUUGGUAGCAUCAUUGAAUAAAAGAAUAGUUUCCUGAUGUCACUAUUGUGAAGUGGAAAAUAUCACUUGGAUGUGGAGGUUUUACUUUUUAAAAAAAUUCAGCUUAAUUACCUUACCUUAAUUACCUUAGAUAUGUUAAUAAUGGAAAAAAACAAGUCCUUUCUCUAGAACUUGUUUUCUAUUUUUAUUCCUUUUUGUGAAAACUUUUCGAUUUAAUUUUGACUACUGUAGGAUAGUAUUGAUUGAAUGGAUACUAUGGAAAAAUGGAUCCAAUGUUUAAGAUAGAAGUAGUUUAAGGAAACAACAGCCUUUACUGCCAUUUUUUAAAAAAAUGUUUUUACUCAGAUGAACAAUUUGACUUUAAUGAAAGACUGGUGAUUAUCGUACAAAGAAAUUGGAAUAAGUUUCAUAUACUAAUUAUACUGAGUUUUAAGCCUGCAUAUCACAAAAUAUUUAGAAUUGUGUAACCUUUUCAUACAUUUAUAAUUUUUGAUGUCUUUUUAAAAGAUGUGGGACCAAAAGUAUAUUUAUAAUUUGGAAAUGUGACUGCAUACCAAUAAGAAAACUUACUUUAUUUUGAAAUUUAUCUGGGAUAUUAAAGAAUCUACCAAUUCUUAAAAACACAGAUUUAUACUUUAAGCUUAUUUUGAAAUUAAAGAAUAUAUACCAAUUCUUAGAAACACUUUAAGGACUACUCUUAAAUAAUUUAAAUAUCAGAGUUUUGUUGUAAUAUUAAAAUUUACCAUGGAAAUCACUGUUGUUCAGCUAUCAGCUUAAUUGUAUAUGAUAUAAAUGUUUAGCAGUAAAGCUAUCUUAAGAUUUAAUGGAAAAGUUUAAUUUGAAGAUGUCACAAAAAUUCUGACCAGAGAUGAUUUUGAAUUUUUAAGGCUUUCCUAAUAGACUAAUCACAGAGAAUAAUUCAGUUUGAGGGUAUGAAACUGCUGUAUAUGUCUGUCACUUGUAGCUGAACUGAUUGACAUUUAGACAAAAGAGAGAAAAUACAAAAAUCAGUUUUGCAAAUGUAAUACAACUUUUUCUGCAUAUAGAACUAAAUAAUUGAAAAUUUUGGGCUACAGUUCUCAAAGGUAGAUAGUAAAAUUACUGGCUUUUUCCAGCGGUAUGUUUUUCCACUGUGAGUGUAACACACACACUGGAAAAUAAUGAGGCUGAUUUUGCAGGUCUUCAUUGUUAGAGAUUCUGAAGUAUUUACUGUCAAUUCAUAGGUUUCAGUUUGUUUAGGAAAUUAGUGUUUGACUGCUUUCUUUAAAUUAUUUCACUGAAACUGAUAUUAUUAGUGAUACAAAGUCAAAAUUUCAAUAUUUAAUUUCUCCAUAUAUUAAUAUUGUUUUUAUUUGUAAAUUCAUGAACUCAUCUGAUUUAAUAUUAAAUUUAUAUAGGUGGGUGUUUCUUACCAUUUUACACAAGUUUUUAUUUUUCUGAAAUAAUUGUGCAGGUUAUAAAAAAGAUUAGUGCAUUUUCAUUUUAAGGAUGCUUUGCUCCUUAAAUUGUUUGGCAGAAAUGACUGUUUUUAGGGAAAACAGUUUUUUUUUGCAGCCACUAACUUGUAUUUGUUAUUAUUGUACAUGCAUAACCAGGGUGGUGAGGGCACUAAUCUUGUAGGAAACACUUACUUGAUGUUUUAUUUGAACUUUUCCUAUAAGUGUAAGUUACUACUUAGAAUUACCACUAGGAACAAUAUCAUGAAAUCUAGGUUGAAAGAGAAAACAGUAUAUAUGAGAACACUUAAAGUUCAAAUAGAAAUCAUUUCUGAAGACAAAAGCAGAGGAAUAUUGUCAGUACCAAGUAAUGUAAGAAUAAGGGCAGCAUUUACACUGUACAAGUACUGAGGAGAGUACAUAAAGACAGGGAACUGCUCUCAUGGAGACAGUUUUUCUCUUAUAAUGAAGUAGAAGGGGAAAAAUCGUCUAAGUUAUGAAAUUCAACAUAGGCGCUAUAUUACAAACUGUGCCAGAUUAUGCAAAUUGUGAUUGUCACUGAUCAAAGUUUAAUCGCUUCAUUUUUGUUUAAAAAGGGAUACUGAAUGUCAGAAAAUCUGUAAUAUGUUUUAUUCAAAAGAUGUAAAUAAUGUAUACAGACUUGUAUGUGAUGGGAUGGGAAAUAUUUAAAUUCUAGGUGUUUGUUUUUUUUUAAAGAAGUAACUCAAUGUUUAUAAGAAAAAAAUGAAUAAAUAGUUAUGUUUGGCCAUGAA